CCUUAUCACUCCAAACCGAUCAGCAACAGUUGAGAAGAACUUUCCGCUAGAAACAGUUCCGACAGUUCGAUUAUUUUGUUGCUUGUACAAUGGGGACCACCGUUUACGUUCUUAUCGCACUUUGUCUUGUGCAGUUCGUGUUGACUGCUCCCUAUUACGCAGAAGAGGAAAACGUCACGUUGGUUUCGAAACAGGAAGAUGUUGUUCCGGAGGUGAAAACUGAGUCUGUGCAAACAGCUGAGGAGCAAACUAAGGAUCAUGAAGUGGAUGAAACUGGCGAAGAGCACGAAGAGCACGACGAACACGACGAUCAUGAUGGACACUGUCAUCAUGAUUACGAUUGGCAUGGAUCUGAAAGCCACGAAGAAGAUGGAAUUACGAUUGGUAGCGAGCCGUCCCAGAAUGUUAAGGUGGCUGGUUCGAAAUAGGAAAUUAUAAUAACUACUAUUGAUGUGUAAUAUUUGCUUAGUGUUCAAUUGGUUGGUCAUGAAACUAUAUUAAAUUAAAUUGAUGGAAAUGAA